ACUCCACGAGCGUUUGCUCGCACGACACGUCUACGCACACUCACCCUCUCCUCCCACUGGCAAGAUCCUGGUCCUUCUAACAUCCGUAUCCCCAGUCUUCACGCCUCCGGGUUCACAGAAGGACGUCGGCAUCUCACCUCCUGCACCCCGGUGUUCGCACGAGAAUCGGCCGUGCGGCACUACCCACGAUGGGUCAACUCUGCGCGUGGGAACGGAAAGUCCAAGCCUGCCCAGGAAGAGCAAGGAGAUGCAGAGAGCGAAGAUGGGGAGAUUCAAGGGAGAGACCACGAACCAUCCCUUGACGAUAGCGAGGAGCAUGUCUCGCUCAGCGGAGAGGAGUCGGAAGGAGGACAAGGGGAGGGAGCGCCGCCUUCUUCUUCCUCUAGCGGAUCGGGGGACGACUCUGAUGGAUCUGGAUCUGGAUCUUCGUCCCAAGACUCUCCUCCUUCGUCGGCCUCUUCCCCUCCUCCGCCUGAACAAAACACCCCGACGUCGGCACUCACGAAGAACACCGUACCCGAGAUCUACCCCGAAGUGCUCGCCCUGCCUAUCACUCGUCGCCCACUAUUCCCCGGAUUUUACAAAGCCGUCGUCGUCCGCAACCCCUCCGUCGUCGCCGCUAUCAAGGACAUGAUGAAGCGUGGCCAGCCGUACCUGGGCGCCUUCCUGCUCAAAGACGAGAAUGCGGACAGCGACGUCAUCACGGAUAUCAACUCGGUGCACAAAGUUGGCGUGUUUGCUCAGAUCACCAGCGUGUUCCCCGCUCCUGGUGGGGAAGGAAAAGAUGGUGCGGAGAAAGAGGAGAGUUUGACUGCCGUGCUCUACCCACAUAGGAGGAUAAGGAUGACCGAGCUCAUCACGCCCAGUCACGGUGGUGUACCGGCCGCAAAGGUCCAACCGGUUGUCGAAGAAGGGCAGGAAGCAAAGAUUGAGGAAGAGGAAGCAAGGCCGAUCGACGCCAGCUCCGUUAUCUCCACACCUAUGCAGACCUCGUUCCUCAAAGACUACGCCAUCUCCAUCGUCAAAGUCGAGAACAUGUACGCACAGCCAUAUAAUAAGUCCAACCAGACCAUCCGAGCGAUCGUCGCCGAGCUCGUAAGUGUAUUCAAGGAGAUCGCCGGCCUGAACCCGCUCUUCCGGGACCAGAUCACGAACUUUACCAUCUCUCAGACGUCGACAAACAUCUUUGACGAGCCUGACAAGCUGGCGGACUUUGCGGCUGCGGUCUCUACUGGGGAGGUUGGCGAGCUGCAGGACGUGCUGGAGAGUUUGGACAUCGAGGACCGACUGCAGAAGGCACUCCUCGUCCUCAAGAAAGAACUUAUGAACGCCCAGCUACAGAGCAAGAUCUCCCGUGACGUGGAGAGUAAGAUUCAGAAGCGUCAACGUGAGUACUUCCUUAUGGAGCAGCUCAAGGGGAUCAAAAAGGAACUUGGGAUGGAGAGCGACGGGAAGGAUAAGCUUAUAGAGAAGUUUAAGGAGAGGGCGGAGCAGCUCAAGAUGCCUGAAGUAGUGAGGAAGGUGUUUGACGAAGAGCUUAACAAGCUCCAGCAUCUUGAACCUGCGGCGAGCGAAGCGAAUGUUACGCGGAACUAUCUGGAUUGGCUUACUCAGAUUCCUUGGGGUGUGCACUCAAUCGAGAACUACUCCAUCGCGCAUGCCACCAAGGUUCUUGAAGAAGACCACUACGGUUUGCAGGACGUUAAGUCCCGCAUCCUGGAGUUCCUCGCUGUCGGCAAGCUGCGCGGGACAGUGGAAGGCAAGAUCAUCUGCUUUGUCGGCCCGCCCGGUGUUGGCAAGACGAGUAUCGGCAAGUCCAUUGCGCGUGCUCUCAACAGGCAGUUCUUCCGAUUUUCGGUUGGAGGCCUCACAGACGUAGCGGAGAUCAAGGGUCAUCGAAGGACUUACGUGGGCGCUCUUCCGAGCAAGAUCAUCCAGGCGCUCAAACGGGUCGGUACGGAGAACCCCCUGGUGCUGAUCGACGAGGUGGACAAGAUCGGCCGUGGACACAAUGGUGACCCUGCUAGUGCCCUCCUCGAGAUGCUCGACCCGGAACAGAACACCGCUUUCCUUGACCACUAUAUGGACGUUCCUGUCGACCUCUCCCGGGUUCUGUUCGUCUGCACGGCCAAUGUGCUUGAUACUAUACCGGCUCCUCUAUUAGAUAGGAUGGAGGUGCUCGAGGUGUCUGGAUAUGUCGCGGAUGAGAAAUCGGUCAUCGCCGAUAAGUAUCUGGCGCCACAGGCGAGGGAAGCGAGCGGCCUUAAGGACGUUGACGUCACCCUGGAGCCUGCGGCGAUCGAUUCGUUGAUCAAAUACUACUGCCGCGAGAGUGGAGUACGAAACUUGAAGAAACAUAUUGAUAAGGCGUGUUCUAUCUAUCGGAAAGCUGCCCUGAAAAUCGUGCAAGACCUUGGCGAGGAUGCAUUACCUGAGGAAGAGGCCACCAAAGAGGAAAUCAAGGAUGAGCACGCGGCCGCGGUUGACGAACAACAGCCCAACCCCACGGCCUCUGUGCCCCAGCACGAGCACCACAAGGCGAUCGUCACGACACAAGAUCGCAAGCCACUCAAAGUGCCUGACACGGUGCACAUUCGGAUCGGCGUCGAUAAUUUGAAAGACUAUGUCGGCCCCCCUAUCUACCACAAGGACAGGCUUUACGUCAAAGCACCGCCUGCGGGUGUGAGCACUGGUCUUGGCUACCUCGGAAACGGCUCUGGCUCGGUCAUGCCUAUCGAGGCAACGUCUAUGCCUGGCAAGGGUGGGCUGCAACUUACCGGCAAGCUGGGCGAAGUCAUUAGGGAAAGCGCGCAGAUCGGUCUCAGCUGGGUCAAGUCCCAUGCCUUUGACCUUGGGCUCACAAAGGAGCCCUCGGAACAGUGGUUGAAUGACAGAGACGUGCAUUUGCAUAUGCCCGAGGGCGGCAUUGGCAAGGAAGGCCCGAGUGCUGGGACGGCUAUAUUAUCUGCCUUCGUAUCGCUAUUCACGAACACCAAGAUCAACCCUGAUAUUGCGAUGACUGGUGAAAUAUCCUUGGUUGGGCAAGUUCUGCCUGUCGGUGGUUUGAAAGAGAAAAUUCUGGCUGCGCAUCGUGCGGGCAUCAAGACUAUCCUGGCACCUGCAGCAAAUCGGGCUGAUAUCGAGGAGAACGUGCCAAAGAGUGUCAAAACUGGCAUCCGAUUCGUCUAUGUAGAGGAUGUCCGCCAGGUCCUACAGGAAGUGUUCAAGGGCGAACCGGUCACGGAAAAGUGGAAGGAGACUCUGGCAUACGAAGAGCCAGCGACGAGUGAGGAGGAAGUCAUCGCGGAGCCCUCCAGAGAGCAGGCUGCCGCAGUCCAGAACUAG